GACUGUCUAAACUUUGUCCUCCAUAUUAGUUUUGGUUUUGUAAGUAGACGUUUUAUUGUAUAAGGAUUCUAAUGUGAAAUUUAAACUGAAGUAAUAUUUACCAGGAUUUAUGUGGAGUGUUUGACUUGUGUUACUAUUCUAUAAAAUAAAGCUCAUAUAAUUUUGGAAAUCAGAUCGAGUGAGACUUGAUCAGUGGCAAGAUGGAUAAUGACAAGACUUUUCCCACAGACGACCCCAAUGUCACACUCACCAUACGGCUCAUUAUGCAGGGCAAGGAAGUUGGAAGUAUAAUUGGCAAAAAAGGAGAAAUCGUCAAAAGAUUUAGAGAAGAAUCUGGAGCGAAGAUCAACAUUUCAGACGGCUCUUGUCCUGAGCGUAUUGUGACUGUUACUGGACCCACUAACUCCAUCUUUAAGGCAUUCACACUCAUCUGCAAGAAGUUUGAAGAGUUCCAGGAGCUGCAGAACGGCGGUGGAGGGGGUGGCGGACCAAGACCGCCCAUCACCCUACGACUGAUUGUCCCUGCCUCACAGUGCGGCUCGCUCAUCGGCAAAGGGGGCUCCAAGAUCAAGGAGAUCCGAGAGGUGACUGGGGCAAGUAUCCAAGUGGCCAGUGACAUGUUGCCCAACAGUACAGAGAGAGCUGUUACCAUCACUGGUACCAGCGACGCUAUCACGCAGUGUAUCUUCCACAUCUGCUGUGUCAUGCUUGAGUCACCACCCAAAGGAGCCACUAUUCCUUAUAGACCUAAGCCUUCUGUGGCAGGUCCUGUUAUCUUGGCUGGUGGUCAGGCAUAUACCAUCCAAGGAAACUAUGCUGUGCCAACUCAUGGAGAUGGCAACAAGAUGAGUGGGGGCCCUCUGGCGGGUCUGGCGGCACUAGGGCUGGGUGGCCUCAACUCUGCUAACACUGGGCUCAACCCUGCAGCAUUGGCGGCUUUGGCAGGCAGUCAGCUCAGGACAAACAAUCCCAACCGUGGGAACCAACAGAACACCAAUCAGCAGACCCAUGAGAUGACAGUGCCCAACGAUCUCAUUGGCUGUAUUAUUGGCAAGGGUGGUACCAAGAUCGCAGAGAUCAGGCAGAUAAGUGGAGCGAUGAUCCGUAUCAGCAACUGUGAAGAGAGGGAUGCCGGGGCUACUGACCGUACCAUCACCAUCACUGGUAACCCUGACGCUGUGGCUCUGGCGCAGUAUCUCAUAAACAUGAGUGUCGAGCUGCAAAAGGCAAACCUUGAGGCCCAAAAUCCAUCAAAUCCUGGUGCCGGCUCUACUGCGACCAACUCCAACAACUCCUCCUCAUCUAGUGGUCCGAACCCUCUGGCCAGUGCCAUCCCUCUGGCUCAGCUUCUCUCCAAACCUGGAGCCCUGAAUGCCCUCUCAUCCUUGACUGCGUUGGGCGGUCUCACUGACUUCCUGGGAGGUAUCGGAGGUAACAACCCACCGGUGCAGACCACCGGUGUUCACCGCUCUAAGAAUUACCAACCGCGUGUGCGCAGUCCGGGAGGGAGUUCGUCACAAAACGAGGGUAAAGUCAAGAGUGAGCGGAGCAAAUUUGCGCCGUACUAGACUCUAGUGUAGUGAGUAGACUUAGUAUUGUAUUUGUUUACAAAGUCAGUACUAGGGUGUUUCUCUAGGUGAGAUUUUAAAUAGUGACGUGCGGUGGGGAAAGUUCACAAGUCUUUUAAUUUAUAUGAAUUAAAAUAAUAAGUUUUCAACUGAAGGCAAAAUCUUUCAUCAAUAAUCAAAAGAUCUUGAUUAAGACUACACGAUUAAAAAUAAGGCAAAGAAAUUUUUAGGUCAGGGGUAUAACUUUCUUGGAGAUGGUAUUUUGUUUGAUGGGAGAGGUCAAAUGUUUUCAUCAGAAAGAUUUCAAUGGAAGCUCAGUCAAAAAGCAGGAAGUAUUGAAGAGUUAUGUAAAACAUUACUUUCUAUUAUUGAUUAGAAGGUGAAGGAAAUAAAUAUCUAUACUGCAUUUUCCCCUGCCCUUACCCACCGCACUCCAAACCCUUUUCCUGUCAGAAUUGUAUUAUAUGUAAUAUUCAAAAAUAUUUCUGCAAAUCUGAAGUUAAUUGACAUUUUGUAUCUUGAUUAUUAAUUAAGGUAUUAUGAAUAUUUUAUAUAUAUUUUAUAUGUGAAGAUUUCAAUUUAAUACUAAAAGAACAAGUACUAUUCUUUUCAAGUUGUCAAAAGAUAAGUUGGGAAAAAAUUGGCUUUAAGGCAUAGUUUAUGGUAGUCAGUGGGAAAUAUUAUUAAAGGAAUAAUGCAUUUUAUAUGACACUAAUUAAAUGGACUUAUCCAGUAAGAAUUUGCAAGCUUCACAAAAAUAUAUCUUUAUUUCAGAAUCUUUGUUUUUUAUACAAGGCAGAUCAAAUCCAUUAUUAACUUUAUUUAAAAUAUAAUUUAGUUAUUUGUUAUAAAACCUUUUACUUAUACAUAUACAAGUAUUUAAUAUUUUUUCCAUUAUUUAAAAUAAAUUAAGCAUGUUCAUUUACAUUUUUGUCCAUAUGGCAGGCACAUACAUAGAAUAUGAAGUCACUUUUCUUAAACUAUUUGGUUAAUUAUUAUGAUUAAUUUUAUUUUCAAAUAUUAAGAGGAACAUAUAUAUUUUACCAAGUAUAUUAUAUAAAUUAAUUGUUAAACUUAAAUUGCUUAUGUUAUACAUAAGUAAUAUUAAAAACAAAAUUUAUUUAAGUCAAUUCUUAUUAAAGUUAACAACUCACAAUGAUCUAAAACAUACUUUUUGUCUAAACUAUUACAAUAAUUUUGAGAGUACUUCAUUUUCUGGGUCAUUGAGUGCCUACUUCAUUAUGACAUUGUUUAUUAAGCUAAAAUUUGUAACAAACAUCCCUGUAUAUUACAAAUUCAAAUCAUACAGACAAAAGGAAACUAUCCACCAAACCAAAAUGAUUCUUGGUCCAAUUCCAAAUUCCUACAAACUGACCAAAUCUGUCAACUAGACCCUGUGUACCUUUUUUAGGAUUUGAACAGUUUUUUUUUAAUCUCUAAUGAAAUCUUUGAUUUGUUCUAAUCCUACAUUAUAAUUAUAUGUAAAUAUAAUUUUAUAUAAAGCAUUUUUGUUAAUGAAACGAAAAUUACAAGUUGUGGUGUUUUUUAAUAUUUUUAUUGGUUACAGUUGUACCUUUUUUAUAUUUUAUUUUGAGCCGUAGUGGGGUUUAUACAUCUGUUUUUCUUUUUUCUAUUGUUUGUUAUUUUUCUUUAUUCAAUCAGUUGGAAACUUUACAUUGCAUAACUUGAGAUAGGUCAUGUAUUGUAUAUUUAAUAUAACUUAUAGAAAUAUACCACUCUAAUUCCAAUACAAAAUGUUCAACA